GCCCUGCGAGCUUUUUAUUGAAGCGAGAAGUCGGCCCACCGAAGUAUGCACCUUACUUUUCUCCUCGGACAGGGCUGGGAAACAUGCUUGGACGGAGACGAAGCACCGAGGAUGGAGUGAAGUUCCUGUCUCUUUUUUUGGGGAUUAUCUUCAGCGUCUGUUUGGUCGGCGUUCGCUGUCAGGAGGGUAACGGCUGUGGACACGCGCUGCUGGGCGCCGAGUCGGGCACCUUGGCCUCUCCCAACUACCCGGGGACCUAUCCCAGCAACGCCUGGUGCAAAUGGAGGCUGCGCGUGCCGGAGGGCCGGGCGCUGCGCCUGCUCUUCGGAGACUUUGACAUCGAGGGCAGCCCGGGCUGCAGGAACGGCUCUGUAGUGAUCACCGGCAGGAGCGGGGAGCGGAGACUGGGCCCGGUGUGUGGGAAGCUCAACGCAACCAUGAAGAAUGUGACUCUGGAAACCAACGAAGUGACGGUGACGUUCAUGUCCGGCCCUCACCGCUCCGGACGAGGUUUCCUGCUCUCUUACGCAACAGACCAGCACCCAGAUCUGAUUUCUUGUUUACAAAGAGGAUCCCAUUUUAGCUUCCAGCAUUUAAGCGUCUACUGCCCAGCCGGAUGUAAGGAUGUUCCGGGGGACAUCUGGGGAAACUCUGAGCAGGGUUACAGAGACACUUCAGUCCUGUGCAAGUCUGCGGUCCACGGUGGAGUCACGUCUGACGCUGUGGGAGGUCGGGUCACUGUGACUCCUGGGAGGAGCCUCACCCUCUAUGAAUCCACCUUUGCUAAUGGGAUCCUCUCUAAAAUGGGCUCAUUAUCUGAGAAGAAGCUGCUUUUUAGCAGAGAAUGCAACAACAUCCUGGCUGUCUCUGCUCUAAAUGCCUCGUCUUUCUGGGACAAAACCAGUCGGGGGAACACGGUGUUCUCGUCCUCCAGAAACACAGAGUCCAGCCACGGCUCCCUGCUCUGGACAGCAGACAGCAGGGACAGCAGCCCCUGGCUGGAGAUCGAACUAACUGAGAGGAGCACUGUGAAGGGAUUAGUGACAAAAGGAUCAUCAGAGAACUACAUCGAAUCCUACAGUCUGCACUUCAGCAAGGACGGAAAGAGCUGGAAGACUUAUAAAGAGGCAGCGAGCAAAGAAAAAAAGGUGUUCCAGGCGUACGCAGACGGCCACCCCGGGGCGCUCAACAGCCUGUUUCCUCCUGCCGUCGCCCGAUUCGUUCGGCUCCAGCCGCUGAGCUGGCACGGCAGCGCCUCUGCUCAGGUCGACGUGUUGGGCUGCCCCGCUGCGAAGGCCACGCCGAGGUCACAUCCUCCCGGAGCAGAGUCUCCGUCCAUCAAGUUUAACGUGGACGCCCAGAACCCGAGCCCCUCACCCACCCCCACAGAGGAAACCCCGUUUGUGGAAACGACUCCAAGCUCCAGUCAUCCAGCGAUCAUAGCAGUGGGAGUGGUCCUGGGACUGGUGAUGUGUGGGAGCUGCUUAUUGGCUGGAAUCUGCUGGAAGCAAAGGAAAAAAGACUCCCAAAUGAAGAACUCCUUACCAACAGUUGGCUGUCAGGGUUUUAAGGGAAAGAGUCUCCCGUGUCCACAGUCGGAGCUGAUCUGCUAUCCGCUGGUGCGAAAUGUGCACGAUGCUCUGCCCAGCCCCCAUCUUAACGCCUACGCGGCUCCUGCCGUCACAGCUGCUGGCCAGAAGCUCGGUUCUACGUUCAGACCCUCUUCGGGCGAAGGCUACACCACCCCGUUCACCUGCGGCCCUUACGACACACCGGGAAGCCUUCCGGAGUACGCCGAGCCGCUUCCCCCGGAGCCCGAGUACGCCACCCCUUUCAGCGAGCUGCCCCCCGAGCAUAAAGCGCCCACCUUUACGGGGUUACUUCACAGCGGCGCACACAGACCUCCCGCUCACGCGCCCUCCGGUCACAGUCAGUACGACUGCCCCUCGCACAGGGUACUGUUCAACGGCUACUGCACCCCGGCUCUGCACGCCAGCGGCCCUCGACCUGCCAGCGAGGUCUACGCAGAGCCCAGGUCGAGCGACUCCUCGGGACAGAGGCCCACGUACGAGGAGAUCUUGUGAAUGCAGGCUCUGAUGUGGACCAGAAAACUCUUUAGAUCUUGAGAGGACACUAACCCAGAGCGGGCUGUCUAGGGUGAACUACUGCUGACGAGAUGUUCCAGGACAUUGGGAGUCGCUGUAGACAACGCCACCUCCCCCCGUAUUCAGAGAGGAUAUGAGGGUGGACCACAUGAAGAUCUGCGAGCCAUGCAGACAUAAAUAUUUCCUUACAGGAAGUAUAUACUUGUACAGUUUUUUUUAUUUUCGUAGAAUGCACAAAGUAACUCCAGGUUAGAUUGCGUCUGAGAGACACAGUCUACCUCUGAAAUGCUCAAUCACAAGCUGCACUUUUUACACAACCGUCUUUUUAAAAAAAUGGUUAAUGCAAAAGAGUGGACUGAUUGUUACUGUUCACAAUGUACUCUUGAAGAAACACUGCUAAUGGUACACAGGGUUGGAGCUGUGACUACAGAUAACCACUAGGUGGCUCUUGUGAGCUUCAGACCUCUAACAAUAAUAAUGAUGAUAUUGUGUAACUUUGUGUCUGGAAUAAUAACCUGUUUAAAAAAAGUACUUUGGAGUUAUAGUACAACAAAAGGCACAAAGAUGCAGGAUAAGAGUGUGAUGAGAAAAUGAAAAGCAUCACAUGCUCUUAGUGUGACGUUCAUUUUGUAAUCCAUUUAUCAACGCAAAUUUUCCUAGCAGAAGGAAGCAGCUCUCAACUAAAUUAAGAAAGCUUGUAUUAAUAUUAAAGUUGUAUCCAAAGCAACGGA